GACCCAAUUUUAGAGUUCCCCCAUAUUGGGGGGUUUUAGGGGAUUUAGGACUAAAUUGACAGAUUUACCCUUAUUAUUAUUUCAAAAUUCCAAUUUUAGACAUAACCCUAAUUUCACCACAUAAUCAAAAUUCUCUCUCACUGAUUCACGAUUUCUCACCUCUCUCAUCCCUCACGGCGGCGAUCUCCGGCAACUUCCGACGACGACCUCCGGCGAAGUUUCUCUCUCAGCUGCAAACACUCUUGUUCUGGUUUCAAUUGUUAAAUGGAUCAUCGAACAAUUAAUGCAUUGAGUAGAUGGAGACAAAGAAUUCAAAUGACUAUUGUUCAUGUUCUAUGUCUUGUAGUUCAUUACUACAUUAUUAAAAUUCGGUCUCGAGUUAGGAUUGUUGAUCGUAGUUUGACGCUAGAGAAGGAGAAAGUACGAGAUAAGAUAAUGAACAUAGUUGCAACUAGUGAAGGUCGGAAGAUAAUAAGAAUGAGUCCUAAAGCCUUUUUAGACUUAUGUUCUAUAUUACAACAAGAGGGUGGUCUUCGACCAACACAAAGGGUAACUGUAGAGGAACAAGUUGCUAAGACACUAUAUAUUCUAACUCACAAUGUUAGAAAUCGUGAGAUUCAGUUCUGGUUUCGACGCUCUGGGGAGAGUACUAGUCGUCAUUUUCAUCGUGUGCUUAGGUCGAUAAUUGAGAUAGGACGUACAUAUCUCAAACAACCAGAUGGUUCACGCAUUCCUGCAGAAAUUCUUGGAAACAGUCGAUUUUACCCUUAUUUUAAAGACUGUGUUGGGGCGAUUGAUUGUACACAUGUUCGUGUAAAAGUACCGUUGGCCGAAGCUUCAAGGUAUCGUGGUAGGAAAGAUUUUCCUACACAAAAUGUGUUGGUCGCAUGCUCGUUUGAUCUAAGGUUUACUUAUGUUUUGCCUGGAUGGGAGGGCACUGCUUCCGAUUCUAGAAUAUUAAAACAUGCCCUACGGAGAACAAAUGGUCUCAAAAUACCAAGAGGUAAAUUUUAUAUUCUUGAUGCUGGAUUCAUGUUGAGAAAAGGGCUGAUUACACCACUUAGAUCAACACGUUACCACUUGAAAGAGUUUUCCGCCACAAACCCCCCUAGAACACCUCAAGAGUUAUUCAACCUUCGUCACUCAUCGUUGCGUAAUGUUGUUGAAAGGGCUUUUGGGGUUGUAAAGAAAAGAUUUCCAAUCAUUGCAACUGGUGCUGAAACGACUUAUGGAGUCGACACUCAAAAUUAUAUUAUUCUUGCCUGUUGCAUUUUGCAUAACUUUUUGAUGGGAGUAGAUCCCGAUGAAGGCUUGAUUGCGGAGGUAGAUGAAGAAAUUGGAAAUCAAAGUGCACCUCAAGCUAAUCAUGGACAUUUAGAAGUAGACGAGGAUGAAGAACACACACGUUUAGGGCAGAUUUAUAGAAAUUCUAUGAUUAAUGCAAUGUGGAAUGACUACAUAACACACGAUUAGGGAAAUUUUAUAGAAAUUCUAUGGUGUUUUUCUAAGGAAUCAUGUCUAACUCUGAAAGAGAGAUAUGGACAACGGAAAUGGACAAUGCUCUUAUUGAUGCCUUUGUGCAUCAAGUAAAUGAGGGAAACAAAGUGAAUGGAACCUAUACAUCAAAAGCAUAUAGCAACAUUACAAAUGAGAUGGCUGAAAAGUUUCGAAGAUCUUUUCAAAAGGAAAAAGUGAAAGGAAGAUGGAAAUUAGUGAAAAAAAACUUUCAUAAACGCUAUGACAUUUUCAAGAACUUGAGUGGAUUUGCUUGGGAUUCAAACACACAUCGUUGGAUUGCUGAACCUGAAGUUUGGAAAACACUAAUUGAGGCAAAACCGGAAGCUGCACAAUGGAUGACUAAACCUAUUCCUAAUUAUGACAAGUUGUCAAUUGCAUGUGGAGAUGAUAGAGCCACUGGAGGAAAAGUUAUAAAUGAUGAAGAUAUUCGGCAAAAUCAUCCCCUCAAUCGUGCGUCAGAGUCCAUCGAAACUAGUGAGCAAGUGACAUUAGAGAGUUUGCAAGAGGGAGGCAAUGAUCAAGAUGUUACUUCUCCUGAGGUGCAAAUUCCACCAGAACCUAAAGCUAAAAGAUCUAAAAAGGCUCAAGAUGAAGCUGAAAUUGAAGGGAUAAAAUCUGCUCUUUUGACCAUAGCUGAUGCUUUUAGAGAGAGUACUGCAUCUCAUGAUAAAUAUUUUAAGGAAAGUGUUUCGGCUUAUGAGAGAGCUAACAUCAAACUUCCAAUUCCAGAAGCAGAUGUUUGGAAACUUUUACAGGAAAUGCAAGUGGAGAGACAUAUGCUCACUCCAGCAUAUACUUAUCUUCUUGAAUAUCCUGAAAAAGUUAGAGCUUUACUUGGACUCCCCGAAGAUAUUCGAAAGAAUUAUUUAGUUGACCUUAUGUUUGGUCAAGGUCGUCCGUCAAGGAAUUUGUGAGAGGAUGGAAAAGAGAAGUUUGAACAUCGUAUGAAUGUGUGAGAUGAUGGAAGAAAGAAGUUAAGAAUAUAUGAUUGUUGUCGAAGUUGUAAUCGAAUACAUUAUCUUGAAUUGUUACUAAUUUCGAUCUAUGUGGUACUUAUGAAUUGUGAAAACUCGGAUCUACAUUGUGUUUGUCAAUUAAAUUGAUUUUAAGAAAUUUUUAGUACAUUUGAUUUUGGACUUCAAGAAUAAAAUAAG